AUGAAAAUGUAUUCCGAGUGGGCCUCGCUGUUUCCAAUCAUCUCUGAAAACAUUAAUAACGCCCAAACACAGAGUGUGCUUGGUAAAUUUAGUACCGUCGGAGGUCGUGAUGUGGCUGCGGUGGUCAUAAAGCAGCUGGCAAACACUCUAGGAAUCACCAACAAUGCAGAACCGAGCAAUCUCUACACUGACCAGGAGGUCCAGUGGUGUAUGGAUGUUAUAUGUCACGGGUUGUCUUUGCCUCUCUCGGAACACGACAUCAUAAAGGACGGUGUGAACAUAUAUUGUGAAUGGAUCAGUGCUGUAUUGCCUCAAACGAAAGUCAGUGUCCCGAAGCCAAUCAAAGACGAUCCCAAUACUUACGUGCGAAGAAUUAUCAAACAUCUGUACAACCUAUUCGUUCCCCGCCCAGGAGAAGUCUGGCCUUUCAUUUACCAAGAGGAUCUAGGUACGGAUACCAUCAACCGGCAGGCAGUUUUGUGUCAUCGUGUGCUCCGUACGCUGCAGGAUACUGCCCAGAAUUCCCAGAUACUGACAGUUGAAACAUGGGAAACGCUUCUCCUCUUCCUGUUGGCCAUCAAUGAAAUACUCCUGGCUCCCCCGAUCGUGAAGGACGACGUAGGCGACCAACUGUGCGAACGAGUACUGAGUGUAUUGUUCGAAGUGUGGCUUCUGGCUUGCAGCCGUUGUUUUCCUUCGCCUUCGCUCUGGAAAACGUUUCAGGAAUCGUGUGCCGCCUGGCGGCACCGGAUGGCAUUGGUCGAGCAGUGGAAUAGAGUAAACCUUGUGCUUACGGCCAAGUUGCUGGAGUUCACUUAUGGUCCAGCCUUUCCCGAGAUGAAAAUAGCUGAAGAAGAUGCACACCUCGUGCCAGCUGGGAUGACAAACGAUGGCAUUGCACAAGCUUGGAUACGCUUCCUGAAGAUUCUGGGGGCUCCGACAGACCUUUGCAGUCCCCAAGUCAUAAGCUGCACCCCUCAAUUCAUCCAAGCCGUGCUGGUCAACGUUGACGGGAUAGAUCCACAACAUCACCCUUGUCUUUUGAAUCUCCCACAAAUCUUUCUCAAAACUAUGAAGGGAAUAGCCGGGCUUGUGGAUGCUUUCCUCGGCAUAGCGCAAUAUCGCUCAGGCGACUGUGGGCACUUAGAAAGCGCCAAUCAACUCAACUCGCCCAGCACUGGUGGUGGUGCUGGAAUACUUAGUGGCCCAAAUGGUGGGUCGCUAAUAAGCUUUAGGCACUCUGGUGGUGAAAUAAAAACAAGCGCUUUCCGGGCCAGUGGCGGACUGGGUGGUCUGGGACUCGGAGCCGCACUCGGUGUGGUGGGUUCUAGUAGCAACUCCAACAUUGGCCUGACAGGAAGCGCAAUUGGAAAUAACGGAGGUGGUGGUGGUGGUGGUGGUGGUGGCAGUAGUUGUAGCACUGGUUCAUGUAGUAUCGGUACUGGUGGCGGUUCCAUUGGCACUGGGAUGAACACAACUGGUGGAGGAGGUAGCAACAAUAGCAUUGGGUUCUCUUACGACACUGGCUCUGCAGCUACACAGGCCGACAUUUCUGGAUUUGGUAAUGGCAAGGCAAAGGAGCUGCUCUUAGCUGACGCCUGUGCGGCAACCAACUCCGCGACACCUCCAUUGCAGCGUCGUUUGGCGAAGAGUUUCAGUGUAGCGCCUUCGCUGUCGUCAGCGCAUGCCGUAAUGUCUAUGGCUCAAGCUAAGGGGUUCACUAAAGGCUCAUUUAGCGGUCUUACCAGCAGUCGUAGCUCCACGGGAAAUCCAUCUGCUGCAGCUCCUUCAUCAUCUUUACAAUCGACUGGAUUUUCAUCUAUGUUAUCACUGUGCCAGGAAAAUCGUUAUCCUUUGGCAACAAAUCGACCUCGGUGCAAUAGCAUUUUACAUCUGUUUGGUGAAUGGCUCUUCGAUGCAGCACACAUUGGUGGAGAAACAUGGAUGCAAAAUACAAAAAAGCGUGCAGCCGAAGCUAAAAGACGCCCCUCAUCUAUGAUCAUGGACAAUCGCAAGGGUAGUUUAUCCCAGCCCCCUUCCCUUUCGGAGGUAAACGAUGUGGCCCCCGGCCUCACGAUCGACAAGUACGAAUCUGGCAAAGCGGAGGCACUCGGUGCGCUGUGUCGUAUAUUCUGCGCGAAGAAAACGGGUGAAGAAAUUUUGCCCGUUUAUUUGGCACGCUUUUACAUGGCGCUGCAUCAAGGUCUGAAGACGAAUGAUAACCGAGAAUGCAUGGAAACGCUGGCUAGUAUACUUUACAACUCGUCCGAUCUGUUUCGCAUUGACCUGGAGGGCAUACAGGUGUUGCUGCCUUCGUUCAUCGGCGCGCUGGAGCUAAUUUUGCCCGAGAAAGAACUGAAGAUGCGAUCCCACAAUGUGCUCAUAAACAAAAUUGAACUGCGUAGAGCAGCUAUCAAUAUUCUGCUUUCGUUGCUCGCUCUUCCGCUCCACUUUCAGGCUCUUCCCAUUCGUGACCUUAUGGGUGGCCCUAACGACAGAAGCAUUACAUUUAUACACCUCAAGCCACGACUCAUUAAUGUACUUAUGAACGCGUUGCAAGUUGAAACAGACCCUCAAAAUACACAUAUGCUGCUUGGUGGUCUUCAUUUGUGCGUACAGGAUUCAGUGACUUUCGAGGAGAUGGAAAAUGGUCCCGAAGCACUUCACGUCAUGCAUCCAACCGCAGAUACGUCCAAUUUGCUAAGUUCAGCCUGCUCCGAGAAGAGUGCAUACUCGAUGAACAGCGCCAAUUCCAGUAUCGGUGGACUCAGUACCGCAACACUUAGCAAUGAGCCUUCUAGUUUGCCGGCUUUUGAUGAUUUCACAUCCGACAUUAUUCAUGAAUUAGAAUUGAGUUCAUCUGCAAUUUAUGAUAGUGCCCACGCGCUAUUUGUUAGAGCGACUUACCUCGUGUGCCACCGUUUGAUAUCGUCAUGGAAAACUGAUUUAAAUGUGUCCCUAGCGGCACUUGAGUUACUCUCCGGACUGGCGGCAAUGCGCGUUAAGGACUCUGAUGCUCUAGAAUGCAAACGUGCCGUCAAGUGGAUUUGUGACUAUAUUUGCUACCAGUGCUCUAGGCCACCUCCUGCUCAUGUCAAGGACUUACACAGCACGAUCGUGGCAGCCUUUCAGUGCACUUCCGCGUGGUUGAUGAAUCACCCGUAUCUGCUGCAAGACAAGGAGUGCUUAACGAUCGUGCUGGAAGUCGUUGAGCUGGGUAUAUCGGGCUCGAAGAGCAUUGGUAAACCGGGGGAGCCGGUCAAGUACAAGGGCGAGAAGGAGCUAAAACCGGCGAGCAUGCGCGUUCGGGAUGCGGCUGAAAAUAUGCUAACCAUGAUCCUGGAGCAGAUCGAUUACUUCCCGAAUGAGUGCGGCAAGCAGUCACUUUCGUCGCUUUUAGAUGAAGUGGUUCUGGCGAAGCAUUCCAAUACUUCCGGCGAGAAUGUGGGCGAACUACCGCAGGAGCAAGCGAUCAAGAAGUUCAAAUACUUUGUCACCGAAAAUUCAACGGUACUAGCAUUAUUCGAGGAACCUCUAGGCAACGAUCAAGAUCCACAACCGACAGUGACAAUAUUGAUUCGAGGUCCUUUUGGUCGACACGCUUGGACGAUGCAGCUACGGCACUUGUCGAGAAGUAAGUCUGGCACCAAGUAUCAUGCACCGAACCCAGGAAGGCCUGUGCCCAUGAACGAUAUUAUGAUGCGUCAGGAGGUAGAAUACAAAUAUUUUCCCGAUUCCGUCGAACGUAUUCCGCCCUGUAUCGUGGAUUACUCGAUACCGACGCUCGAUUCGGCAGAGCAGAAAAUGGGUAAUCAGUCCACCAAGGAGUUAGGCCGGUUGCUCGAGGAUCAGCUGGUGUACGAAAAACUUUCUUGGGCCGAAACCGAGUGCUCGGUAGAUGGGCUGGGGCAUGCACAAGAAGCUUCUCCACCCAGCGUUUGUCACGAAUUCCAGGCGGCACGACUGUUCCUGUCGCAUUUCGGUUUUCUCACCAUUGGCCAGAACAACGUCGGGGGUCCGAAGAUGGACGGCAGCGCUCCACUGUUAACUACGCUCGAUACAUCGAAAGCAGAAUUUUGCCAGGAUUUAAAAAUGCUCGAUAAAAUGAGCCCACGAUCGUGUGACACGAUACAUGUGUUUUACGUCAGGGCUGGCCAAACCACGGAGGCUGAAAUCAUUGGCAAUAUGGAUCCGGAAAAUUUGGCUUCGAUCGACAGACACUUCUGGAAGAUUCUGUACACCAUCGGUAGCCCUGUGACGGUGCAAGAGCACGCCGGAUGGACCGGCUUCAUUGGAAGUAGCUGGAAGAUUCCUCGAGACGCAUCAGCAUCUAGAAGCAACGAACCAAGCAACGCAUCGAGAAGCAAUGUUGCUCCAGAAGAGUGGCAGCUGAAUGGUGAAAAGAAGGUUCUGUACUGGGCAGACAUUUCCUCCGAAAUGGCAAUAGUAGUUCCAAGUCGAAACAACAAAAUUGACGUUUGUCUCGAGGAAACAGUAGACGGCGCAAACGGUGGCCCAUCUACGACGUACGAGCGUAGUGUAAGCGAAAUUCAACCACGCUCGUCUUCGGUCUCAAGUAAUCAGUCACGGCAGUAUUCGCUGGACAGUGAAUCGACCCGCUUUGGGUCGAUGAGUAAAUCAGCCGAUCCCAUUCCACCGGUUCGGCGACGAACCGGUGCAUCGAAACCGAACACCCUGUACACGGCACCGACGGCCAAAAUUUUGCUAGUGUGGCUCGAGAGCUACGAGGACCAUCUCACGUUCCCGAUCGAUGAUUUGCUGCACUACACGCGGGCCGGCUACUCGGCACAGCACGGACCCAUUGCAUCGAUAAAUGGUGGUGAGUGUUUCAUCAUCUAUUUGCAUGCUCUAUCAUCCAGUUUGCUGCGGGUGAAACUGCAAGGACCGGUAGGACGGAUGAAUUUUGCCAUCCCACUCAUCGAUGGAAUGGUCGUCAGCAAGCGGGUGAUCGGUUCGCUGAUUCGUCAAACGGCAUGUAACAUGGCAAAGAGAAAGCGGCUCGAUAAUGAUUCUUAUCAACCACCACACGUUCGUCGCAGGAUUAAAAUUCAGGAAAUGAUGCAAAAGUACAAGAAAGAUCUAACCGAACCUGAGAUGCUGGCCGACUUGUUUAAACCCACGAUCUAAAACAGCAAUUUAUUUUUAUAAUAUUCAAGUAUUACACCUUACAGAUAAACAUCUAUUCCGUUCCAAAAGUAACAUUAAUAUUGAUAAUUUAAAUAUAUAAUUUAUGCACUAAUAAAGCGACGCUAGAAAGCACA